UUAACCAUACUGGGCUGCCACUAUAUGCUGCUGUGAUUCUGGGGUUUAGGAUACAGUGAUGGCAGGGACAUGGUCAGAGGUCUGGACAUUGUACCUCAUAUUGGCACUUGGUACUCCAGACCCCUCACCAGCACCCCAAGAGAAGCUCCAUGACUUCAGAAGAAUCUUCUUGGGUUUGGAUAAAUGCAACGCCUGCAUUGGAACAUCCAUUUGCAAGAAGUUUUUCAAGGAUGAAAUAAGGUUUGAAAGAUGGCUGACCGCUCAGUCUAAUCUCUCCUCAGCAGAUGUGCGUUCAUAUGAGGGGAACUAUACAGACAGCACAGCGGGCUGGAGACCUCUGGUGCUGUCCCGCUUGAUGUCUCCUCCCCUGCAACAGAUAUCAGACAAUAGCAUUUGCACCUCAGCAGGCAAAGGGAAAUCCUGCAGCAUUGAAGCUGUCCUCAGGGCCACGUCACGCUUCCAAAGAUGGGUCCGCUCCAACCUACUGCUUCCCAUCAUGGUGAAGGGUCUGGUGACCCCGAUGCUGAGCUGUCCAUCUCAGAGGCUGCUGGACCGCAUUGUGCGACGCUACUUUGAAGUGACCGAUGUGGGAAGUGUGCAGAUGAAGCACUUCAGUGAAAAGGACAAACUCAGACUUCUUUAUACCCUGGCUGUCAAUCAACAACCUCUCAUAAUGCAGAUGUUUCCAGGCACAGAGGGCUGGCCCUUCCUCCGCUACCAUGGCUCCUGUGGAAGGAUGAUGGUCUGGGCAGGGAGCAAACCCCUCAGGAGCCUGUUUUCCUCUCCGUUGGAGCGCCGUGCGGACAUUGCCUACCAGCUUCUUCACAUCACCCAGAGCCUGAGCUCCAACAGCCUCCAGUUCAGCCUCUUCUACACGAACAUCUCAGAGGACAUGUUUGGUACCUUGGAUGAUAGCAGGGUCUUCAUUGUGGAUACCACUACCAUAGGGAUCAUUGACUUGCAGGAAGGAUAUCCUCCUGAUGAAGACUUGCUAACAGAACACCUCGAUGUCUUCUCCUGUCUCAGUGGAUCUUGUGAAAGACCGCCUCCGUGUGAAACUGUUCGAGCUGCACAGAGUUUUAUCCUACUUUGCAAACAUGUCAUCAACAAUCUGCUCGUGCCUAAUGAUGUGCAGUCAGGUCAUCUUCCCAAAGAAGCAGUCAGUGCUCUCGCUAUCUGUGCAGACCAAUCGCAGUCUGACCAAAGAAUAAUUGCUGCAGCCCAAACCUUAAAAGACAUUUUACAGACAUUAAGGCCAUGCAGUGCUCUCUAUGGAUACAGGUAUCCUGAAUGCCUCUAUAGUGACAAGUUCUAAACCAAAACUAACCACUUAAAAGGGAUAGUUCACCCAGAAAUGAACAUUCUGUUAUCUUUUAC